ACCAGCAGACUCUUCCUACAGUAAUCGUUCUACUACAGACUAAUUACAACAUUCUGCACCAGCUUACGCUGCACACGAUUCUCAUAAAAAAGUCAACCUUCCCGUUCAUUUUCUGAAGAGAAAACAUCCAUUUAUAUAGAAGAAUUAGCAGAUAAUUUGAUCAUUCAUGACAUUGACAGCACAGUGGCAAACAAUUCCAACGCAUCAUUUCAAAUUUUGCAUACCAUGAAAAAACAAGGAGAAGAGAUUAGCAACAAAAUUCUGAGCUGUUAGCUGAAAUGAAGGAUAUUAGGCUAUUUUUACAAGGAAAACCACGAAAUUCUGUUGAACAAAGUUUGAACGUGACUUUAUGCGAGCCACUAGAAGGUUUUCCAUUACAAACAGUUGAACAAUUCGAAAAUUUAAAUUCUAAAAUAAACAUCAAAUUAAGAAAGAGUUCAUACAAUCAUCUGAAACUUAGAGGAGGAACAAAGCUUCGAGAAUUUCUUAGCCUCGCUCUAAAAAUGACGACGUCAGAACAGUUAGUUGCGAAAUUCACGUGGCGGGGUGAUAAGAAGCAUAAAAAAUUUGGAAAUACUAGAGUUGCCAAUGUUAUGUUUGUGGCUGCCAAAGACUAUUAUAGCUUCUCAGGUCCAUGAGACAAGAAUGAAUUUUGCGGAAGAGAUGAAGGAGGUUUUUAGAACCUCGAAACA